AUGGCUCGCGGAAACCAGCGUGACAAGGCUCGCGAGGCGAACCAGAAGAAGCAGGCCGCCACGAAAAAGUCUCACGGUAUGAGCGGUAGCGAGCUCGCCAAAGCGAAGGAGGUUGCGGCGCAGAAGAUGCGCGAGAAGCAGGCAGCCGGUACGCGCCGACCGUCACCCCCGGUUCCGAACCUUCCUCCGCCGCUCCAGCCGGCCAUACUGACCUGCAUUCUAGCCGACGCGAAGAAGGCCGAGGCCGCUACUGCUAAGAAAUGA